AUGGUGGAGGCGGCGCAGCUGGUGCUGAGGGUGGUGGUGGCGCUGCCAAUGGUGGUGGCCGUGGGGGUUGUGACGAUCGCUCUGGUGACGAUGGUGAUCUCGCUGAUGCUGGUGUCGCUGGCGGCGCUGAUGGCGCUGGGGAUGGCGGUGGCGGUGGCGGCGGCGGUGCUGGUGGCCACCACGGAGGGGGCGGCGCUGUUGAUGAAGGCGGUGAGCCCACCGGCGGCGCAGUUGGCGGAGGAGACGGCGGACGCUGAGGUGACGGUGAUGGGCGCGCUGACGGGGGCGUAG